AUAGGUCCAAACUGUUUAACUCCAUGGAAGUCUCAAGAGGCUGAAGUAGCAGAUCUCCCCAGUAAGGUGCUGCUUCAUUAUACACCAAAGGCCUGCAGAAACCCAAUUUGUCUUGACCUGUCUGCAAAUCUUUUACACGGAAGACUAACCGGAAACAAAGUAGUGAACUGGGACAUCAAGGAUAUGAUCAACUGUAUUGGUGGAAUAAAUGUGCUGUUUCCGUUGCUGGAGCAGAUCAGCUUUCUUGGUGGACAGAUGCCUGAGAAGUCUGAAGGGGAAACUCUACCUCCAGAACUGGUUACUCCUGUAGAGGGAGACUGGGUGGUAUUGUCAUCCACAAAGGCGUCAGAAGCACGCUUGGAGAAGAACAUUAUUGCAACUUUCAUCUUGAUGAUAAAACACUUUAUUCAGAGACACCAUGUUAAUCAAGAAAAUCUCAUUCACUCCCAUGGAGUUGCCACCCUAGGAGCCUUGUUACAGAAGGUGCCAAGCAACUUAAUGGAUGUGAAUGUACUGAUGGCUGUACAGUUGUUGAUAGAGCAAGUCUCAGUAGAGAAGAACAUGCAGCUUUUGCAACAGAUGUAUCAACACUUACUUUUUGACUUCAGUAUCUGGAACAGUGGGGACUUUCCCUUCAGAAUUGGACAUAUACAAUAUCUUUCUACUAUCAUCAAAGACAGCAGAAGACUCUUCAGAAAGAAAUAUGGUGUGCAGUUUCUUCUAGACACACUCAGGAUUUAUUAUGGGAAUGGCUGUAAAGACAGUGAUUUGGCUCCUGAUGACCUGAGAACAAUACAGACAUCCCUCUAUGGACUGAUCAAAUAUUUCCUGAGCAAAGGUGGAACGCAUGAAGAAAUACAGAGCAUUGUAGGAUACAUAGCUGCCACCAGUGAAGAGGAGCAGCUCUGUGGAAUUCUGGACGUUCUCUUCAGCCUACUUCAUUCCAGCCCAAGCCCAGACCAGCUUUUUUUAUUGCUUUUUGAACCAGGGAAUGCUGAUAUCCUUUACGCUCUGUUAUUGCAUCAAAGAUACUCUGACAGGCUUAGAGAACUUGUGUUCAAGAUUGUAGAAGAGAUGCUGAAAUGUACUAAAGUUUACGAACGUAGCAAGCACCGUAUGAGACUCAGGGAAGUGGGAUACUCUGGACUGGGGCUCCUUCUGAAUGAAUCGCCAGUUACUGUUUCUCUUAUUAAAAACCUUCUAAACCAAGUUCUGUAUGCAGAUCCUGCUGUGAAUUAUAAAGAUCUCAUAGCUGUAGUACAUCUGGCUCAUAGAUCAGAUAUAAAUGUGAGAGUGGUUAUCUGUAGAAAGGUUUUGCACCUUUUGCAUUCCCAACUGGAUGCAGCACAACAGAUUUCUCUGCAGCUGGGCUGGCAGGACACUUUGAUUAGACUGUUCUUGAAAGAAAACUCAGAGGUCCGGAUUAGCUUUAAAGAGAACAGGGCCCGUUCCUCAACUGAAGAGCUUCAGAAACAUCAACCUGAUAAGACAGAGGGAGACAAAACUGGUAGCUUUGCAUCUGUUAAUGGUCUGUUUGAUCAGUGGAGUUUAGAAGACAGCAAAUCCCUGGAUGUCCCUGCUCAUUUCUCUGUUAUGCCACUGGAAGAUGCAUCCACAGCAGAGAUGUCUUUUAGGUCGGAGGACCGAGAAGAGUUAUGGCACAGCAAUCCUUCACAUUUGAGUUUAGAUCUGUCCAGUGUUGACUCUUAUGAACUGGCUGACGUUGUGAAUCAGAUGACAGAUAGCCAGCCCAGCACACCAUCACCUAUAGAGAACACAAAACCAUUCUCUGGGCAGCCUGACAAGGAGCUGGGCAUUAUAAAUGAUGUGGGUUUCACCGCUGAUCUUUCUUUAUUUGAAAACCAAGGAGGGGGUGACAAUGAACUCAUACAGUUACUUACAGACAUCCUACUGUGUAUAAUGUGGAAAGGCAUUGAAAAAUCUGAUGAUGAUGCUUGGAUUGAGAGAGGACAGGUGUUUUCUGCACUGACCAAACUGGGGAUAUCUAAUGAGUUGCUGCGACCUUCUGAUGAGAUAAAACUCAACUUACUGGAGAAGAUGUUAGAAUGGUCAGUCACUGAUAACAGAGAUUCAAAAGCUCUCCCUACACAUGCUGAAAAUGCCUUCAAGCUCUUGCUAAUUGUACAAGAUUUCCUGCAGGCAGAAGGACUAGUUAAUUCAAAUUUGUGGACAGAAAAGCUCUUGGAAGAACUAGUGACUCUCAUGGAUAGCCUAUCAGUCUGGUAUUCUGCUGGCCUAGAAGCAACCAAGCUUUCACAGGUGCAAGUCCAAUUGCUCCUUGGAUUCAUUGCACAAGAUAACUUACAGGUCUGUGCUAUGGCAGCAGCCAAACUAAACACCCUCCUUCAGACCAAAGUAAUUGAGAGCCAGCCUGAAGCAUGCUAUCUCUUGGGGAAGCUGGAAGGCAUCUUGAGUAGAUCAAUUGAAGAGAAGACAGAAACUUAUUCAUUUUUGAUUCCCCUUGUUCGGACAUUGGUAUCCAAGAUUUAUGAACUUCUCUUCAUGAACUUGCAUCUCCCUUCAUUGCCUUCUACCAAUGGCAGCCCAUCUUUCUUUGAGGACUUUCAAGAAUACUGCAGCUCUGAUGAGUGGCAAGUUUAUAUUGACAAAUAUAUUAUUCCAAAUAUGAAACAGUAUGAAGAGAAUUCAUUCAGACAUGAUCAUGAGCAGAUGGCACUUUAUUGGAAAGAUUGUUAUGAAGCAUUUAUGGUGAACAUGCACAAGCGAGACCGGGACAGAGGAGAAAGUAAGCUUAAAUUUCAGGAGCAUUUUGUGGAACCAUUCAGCAGAAAGGCUCGACAGGAAAAUCUACGGUACAACAGUAUGCUAAAGCAACUUAAUAGUCAACACACAGCUACUCUGAGGCAGUGGAGAGCAGCCCAGCUUUACUUGCUCUCUGAACGUGGUCCUUGGUCUGAAAUGAAACACCAUCCUAUUCACUGGAAACUUUCAAAUGUGGAAAAUUUUUCACGUAUGAGACUAAAACUUGUGCAGAAUUACAAUUUCAACUCUCAUCAGGAUGCUAGUGACCUGAGAGAUAAUUUAGGUGUGCACCAGACACAGCCCUCUAGUGAGUCUCUGCUUCUGGAGGUGGUGAAGCAGGUGAAAGUGAGUGACUUGGAAGAUGAUGUUCUUGAACUGCCGGAUGAAGAGACAGCAGCUAGCUCCAAUUUGGAUGAUAAGGAUGAGCAAAGUCAGAAAGAAAAGCUAAUACUGUCUGAAGAUUGUGAACUCAUUACAGUAAUUGAUGUGAUACCUGGCAGGCUGGAGAUCACUACCCAGCACAUCUAUUUCUUUGAUGGUAGCAUUGAAAAAGAGGAAGGGGUAGGUUUUGAUUUCAAAUGGCACCUCUCUCAAAUUCGAGAGAUACAUUUGCGUCGGUACAACCUGAGGAGGUCAGCUUUGGAGAUCUUCCUUACAGAUCAAACCAACUAUUUCCUCAACUUCAAUAAGGAGGUACGAAACAAAGUAUAUAGUCGAAUAUUGUCACUGCGUUCUCCAAAUAUUUCUGGGACUAGAUCUCCGCAGGAACUUUUUAAAGCUUCAGGUUUGAUGCAGAAAUGGGUGAAUAGAGAAAUAUCCAACUUUGACUACCUUAUUCAGCUGAACACAAUGGCAGGACGAACUUACAAUGACCUUGCUCAAUAUCCUGUGUUCCCCUGGAUUUUACGAGAUUAUACUUCAGAAGAACUGGACCUGAAUAACCCUGCAGUCUUCAGAGAUCUGUCCAAACCCAUAGGGGUGGUAAAUGAAAAGAAUGCUAAGACUGUGAAAGAGAAAUAUGAGAAUUUUGAGGAUCCCCUUGGGAUAAUUGACAAAUUUCACUAUGGGACACACUACUCAAAUGCUGCUGGUGUCAUGCAUUACCUCAUUCGAGUAGAACCUUUCACAACACUUCAUAUCCAACUACAAAGUGGCAGAUUUGACUGUGCUGACAGGCAGUUCCACUCUAUUCCUGCUACCUGGCAGGCGCUUAUGGACAACCCCAAUGAUGUCAAGGAACUUAUUCCAGAGUUCUUCUAUUUCCCCGAGUUUCUGGAGAAUCAAAAUGGUUUUAACUUGGGUCAGCUUCAAAUAUCCAGAGAGGUGGUAAAUGAUGUUGUUCUCCCCAAAUGGGCCCACUCCCCAGAAGACUUCAUUUAUAAACACAGGAAAGCUCUGGAGUCUGAGUACGUUUCUGCUCAUCUUCAUGAAUGGAUAGAUUUGAUUUUUGGCUACAAGCAGAGGGGACCAGCUGCAGUGGAGGCACUCAAUGUGUUCUAUUAUUGUACUUAUGAAGGGGCUGUGGAUUUGGAUGCUUUAACAGAUGAGAAAGAAAGGAAAGCUUUAGAAGGAAUGAUAAACAAUUUUGGGCAAACUCCCUGUCAGCUCUUAAAGGAGCCCCAUCCGCAAAGGCUGUCAGCAGAAGAGGUAGUGCAAAGACUAACUAAAAGUGAUACCUCUACUCUGAAUCUCUUCCAGCACCUCACUGAACUGAAGUCAUUCUUCAUAGAGGGAAUCAGUGAUGGUGUGCCCAUCAUCAAAGCUGUUGUCCCCAGGAAUCAGUCACGUUCCUUUAUUUCUCAGGGAAGCCCAGAGAUCUUGGUAACAGCAAGUCUGAACUGCAUUAUUGGAACUCAUGGUUGGCUACCUUAUGAUAAAAAUAUCUCCAACUAUUUUACAUUCAUCAAAGAUACCACAGUAACUAAUCCCAAAACACAACGCAAUAUGAGUGGUCCUUUUGCACCGGGGCUGGAGAUCACCUCUAAGUUGUUUGCAGUAUCCCAUGAUGCAAAACUGCUCUUUAGUGGAGGACACUGGGACAAUAGCAUCAGAGUGACAUCUCUUACAAAAGGCAAGCUGGUUGGACAGCACAUCAGGCACAUGGAUAUUGUGACCUGCUUGGCAAUAGACUACUGUGGAAUACAUUUAAUUUCAGGCUCCAGAGAUACUACCUGUAUGAUAUGGCAAANNNACUCUCAGGGAGGAGUGCCUGUAGGCCUGGCAUCUAAGCCAUUACAGAUCCUUUAUGGGCAUACUGAUGAAGUUUCGAGUGUUGGCAUCAGCACUGAACUGGAUAUGGCUGUGUCAGGAUCCAGGGAUGGGACUGUUAUUGUCCGCACUAUUCGGAAAGGUCAGUACGUGAGGACUUUGCGACCACCUUGUGAGAGUUCUCUCCUGCUGACUGUUCCCAAUCUGGCUGUGUCAUGGGAAGGCCAUAUAGUUGUCCACACCAGCAUAGAAGGAAAGACUACUCUUAAGGAUAAGAAUGCGUUACAUCUCUAUUCUGUCAAUGGAAAAUACCUGGGUUCUGAGACUCUGAAGGAGGAAGUGUCAGAUAUGUGUGUGACUGGCGAGUAUAUCGUGAUGGGCAGCUUACAGGGAUUUCUUUCCAUACGGGAUCUCUACAGCCUGAGUCUGAGCAUCUCCCCCUUAGCCAUGCGACUGCCAAUUCAUUGCAUUUCUGUCACCAAAGAGUAUAGCCACAUCCUUGUUGGCUUGGAGGACGGCAAGUUGAUUAUCGUUGGUGUUGGCAAGCCAGCAGAGAUGCGCUCAGGUCAGCUUUCCCGAAAGCUGUGGGGAUCAAGCAAACGGCUCAGCCAGAUUUCAUCAGGAGAGACUGAAUAUAACACUCAAGAUUCCAAGUGA